UAAAUAUAUCAAAGAAUAAAAAGAAUGAGGCUUCCAGAUGAUGACUCCUGUUGGUUGUUUAGACCCUAGUGGAGAACCAAAAUCUUAGACUUUCCUCCAGCUUAUUGUCACCCAACAGUCGGAUGGUUGAUAACCUAUUUCGCAUCGUCUUAUCCAGCAUCUUGAUCAACCGGAUUUUCUGGUGGGGGUGUCUCACCAUGGCGUCUACUGUUCCUCUCCCUCCAAAUAGACUGUAGACAGUGGCCUAAAAUAUGUAUCUGAUCAGAAGGCCAUUGAUCUUCCCGAGCUUUACAUCAGUAACCAGAGAUAUAAUGUCAGUUCAACUUGUAGUAUACUGAUCCUCCAUAAUGCCCCUUGCGAGUGCUUCCCCGACAAGAGAAGAAGAGAUGUUCCUUUGUUACCUGUUGGUGAGCUGGUACAAAACACAGUCCAAGUAGUUGAUCAUACUGUUCCAUUGUAACAUCCUGUCUCCAGUUGUGAGCUGGUCUUUCAACGAUAGCCAGGUGAUGAAUGAGAACUUUGGGGUUGAGUGAGUGAACCAAACUGCUCUGCUCCCGUUGCAAUGUGGCUUAUUCUCACGAACUUGAAGCAAGGUCUUUUUUGAAGCGAGAUGUGGCUUAUAAUUUUCAGUAAUUUAAUUUUUAUUAUUUAAAUUUAUAUAUAAAUAGAUUUCAUAGCUAUUUAUUAUUUGUUUAGUAAUUUAAAUACAUAUAAAUAAAAUAAAAAGAGUUGACAUAAAAAAAAAGAAUAUGAAAAGUUAUUUUACAUUUUUAUAUUAUAAAUCUAGUCUAAGAAAACAAAUGCAAAAGCCCACUAACAGCCUACAAAACUAGGUGGAACCUAUAUAUAUGAUAUGAGCGUUGGUUUUGAGAUCUUUGAUUAUUUACAUUUUGGAGGAUUUUAGGGUUUGAAGCGUGUUUAGGGGUGGAGGGGAUGCUGCAGUUCCACGUCGCAAUAUAUGAGAUUGUGGAUGAUCCUUCAUUGGAUUCAACAAUCUCAUGGAGCAAAAGCAGCAAGAGUUUUAUCAUCUGGAAUCCUAAAGAGCUAUUCACCAAAAAGAUUCUUAAGAGAUUCUUUUGCUGCAAUCUAUCACAGUUUAUCACCGAACUUGACACAUACGGUUUUGUAAGAAUUGAGGGGUCCGAUGAGCAAUUGGAAUUCGGACAUAAGCAGUUCUUUGUGAGAGGUAAACCUGAGCUUUUGAAGAAGAUGCGUCUCCAAGCUGCGAUGAAUAGGAUGAAGAAAAGUGCCAAGAAAGCCAAAGCUAGAGCUGAAGCAGAGAAGAACGGCGAGCCUCGGAUUAUAAUAAAUGCCGACGAAGUAAGGAUGAGGUACAAGCAAAUAUUUGAAUCAUCAUCAUCAUCAACGAUUGCUAAAACGCCACUAGAGAAUCGCUUCCGACAUCUACGAAUUUGAUCACUUGUUCCAGUUGCUCCCUAGACUUUGCUAAAAUAAUUGAGGCUUUCCAGUAAAACAAUGCAUGUUUUGCUUAACCUUUAUUUGACCUUCUAUUGCUAUUCUGUAUCAAACCUUGUCAAGUCACUUUGUGUAAUAUUUAAAUGGUUGCUUUCCUCUUUAUAAAAUUGUGAUGAAUGUC